AUGCCGGAUCAGCUGGAGGAGACGCGAACGAAAUGGGACCAUUUCGGUGGGCGAUACACCGAGACGGCGAAUAAGCGCGUGACGCUGCAAAGCGCCCAGCAUCUGCGCUCACACAUGCAGUCGGAUGUCGCUCAUAACGUGCUCAAGGUCGCAGCAGGAGCUGGCCGCAAAAAAAUUAGAGCAGAGUUGGCUCGGAAAGUGUCAAGAUCAAGUGCUGCGGAGCAAAUGGGCAAGACUUGA